AUGGACGAUUUGUUUUGGCUCCCACCCUGCUUCAAUGUUCUCAGCAGAGGCGAUGGUUACAUCUCUGGGAUUAUCAGCAAUGAAACUGAGCUGGCGUUGUUGCUGGAGACCCACAGCAAGGCCACUUACACCUCAUACCUCAAAUGGUCUGACCAUGUGAGUAAAACUUCCAAUCUACGGCAGUUUUGGCAUCUGGACGACUACUCAGAGGAUGUACCCCUGUGUGUGCGAAGAAGAAUCAUCCUGGUGUGUCGCCACGGAAAGGCUUAUGUUAAAAAACCAAAGCAGUGUCCGGAUGGAGCUCAAGAAAAUGUAAAAAGAAAGCCUCGCCGUAUCAACUCAAAAAAAAUGAACUGCCCUGCAAAAGUAUUUAUACGGCACAUCACACGGUACGACACAUUUAGUGUGAAGGGGAAUGCUUCUCGAAUGCGAAAAGAAGAUGCUAUGAGGAGACUCAAGCUUGCAUUGUCCCAAUCUGAUCUACCAACAUCAACUUUUCUACACGUUAAGCUCCCACUGGUGGAAGCUCACCAGAACCAUGACCUCUACCCCAACGUGAUGAUCAGCGGCUACAGCGGCGGAGUGCAGAGCAUGGUGGAGGUGGAGUCCAGUGCUGAAGUGCUGCAUGUGGGGAAUGGUCUGCUGCUGGGAGCUUUCAACAUCAAGUCCUUCGGAGACAAGAAGGCGUCCAACACCACCCUCAUGAACAUCAUCAGUGAGAUUGUCAAGCGUUAUGACAUCAUCCUGAUCCAGGAAGUUCGAGACAAGGAUUUGUCAGCCACAAAGAGGCUCAUGGCACAUGUCAAUCAGGGACAAACUGAAUUCAUGUACAAGAACAUUGUGAGUGAGCCCCUGGGACGCAGCUCCUAUAAAGAGCGAUACCUCUUCCUCUACAGGCAGGAGACGGUUUCUGUGGUAAACAGUUACCUGUUUGACGAUGGAUGUGAACCGUGUGGAAACGACACCUUCAGCAGAGAGCCCUUUAACGUCAUGUUCUCCUCCACUACUGGGCAGCAGCAGUUUGUUCUUAUUCCACAGCACACAUCUCCAGAUUUCGCUCUCCAGGAAGUGGACGCUCUUUAUGAUGUGGUGACUGAUGUCAGGAGGCGAUGGAGCACAAACAACAUCCUCCUGCUGGGGGACUUCAACAGUGACUGUAACUAUGUAACAGCCUCAGAGUGGAACCAGAUCCGACUCUUUACAGACAAGAGCUUUCACUGGCUGAUCACCAACGACAUGGACACCACAGUCACUCACACAAACUGCGCCUAUGACCGAAUUGUGGUGACAGACGAGAGCAAAGAAGGGGUGGAACCUGGAACUGCCAAAGUCUUUGAUUUUCAAGCAGCACUAAAUCUGGAGCUUGAGCUGGCUUUGGCUGUGAGCGAUCACUUCCCUGUGGAGGUCUCUCUCUCAGACUGA